UCUAAGGGAGAACAGAGUCAGUACAAAGUUAAUUUUUUUUUUUUGCACCUUCUAAUGGCUCGCUUUUAUUGACAGUAGACUGACAGGAAAGGGGUGGAGAAAGGGGAGAGAAAUGUGGCAAACGACCGGUGGUAAACUUGACAAAAAGAAAAACUCGGGAUCUAGAUUAUUUUCAUUGUUGAUUAAUCUACUGGUAUGGAUUACUGUAUAAUUGUUGAUUAUUUCAACAAUUAAUAGAUUGGUUGCUAUAAUCAUGAAAUGUUAAAACAUUUUGAAAUAUGUUAAUGCUUCUCAAAUCCCUUGUUCUGUCCACAAAAAGAGAUACUCAGUUUAUGGCCAUGAAUGAACUGAAAUGAAGAAGACCGAAAUAUUCUUAUUUAGGAAGCUGAAAUAAUAGAAUUAGGAAUUUUUUGCUUUACCAAAGCUGAAUUAUUGAUUACUGUUCAACUUAUUGACGAUUUGCUGCAGCUCAAAUCAGAUUUACUGCCACCCCCCGCCCCCCCCAAAAAAACUGAAUGAAAUUUCACUAGCCUAGACUUUACAUACAUACAUACCAGGUCAGACAUAAAGCUUGGGUCAGACAGUUUCUCCUCCAUUUCUUCGACUUCUCUAACUGUCUUUAGGGGGAAACCAUCUGGGAUAAAAGAAAGGGUGUCGCCACCGUUGCCACGCUGCGCUUGUAGCAUCCUUCUAGUGGCCCGAUUGUCUUCUUUAAGUUCCUCAAGAAGUUCGAGGAUGCGUAAAAGGAUGUCCCUCGUUGGCAGGGAUUAGGGUGGUGACAUGGCUGACCUAAGGAAGAGAAAAAGCAAAAAAAGUGUUAGUGUAGACCAGUUGGAUAGAGGCAAAGGAGAUGUCAGCACAGACACCUGAAUCAGACAAUUAAACCGGCCAAAUGAAAAGUACACAUUCUAAUCAGUUUCUCUCGCUCGCAUCACUGUGUCAGGAUGGGAUGUGAGGAUGGAUGGUGUCAGUACAGAGCUGAGAGAGGAUGGAGGCAGAGAAGGUGUCAGUACAUACCCGAGGGUGGAUGGAGGUAGUGGAGGUGUAGGGCUGUCAUCCUCUUCCUCGCUGGACAACACCACUUUCCUAGACCUGUAAAAUAUAACAACACAAUCAGUUAUAUGCACAGUAGUGCAUAUAAUGUAGACAUCAGUGUUUCCAUAGACUGUCGGUGUGUGUGUGGUGGGUGGAAACAACACUAACACAAAGGUAGUAGCUGCAAGUGUUCAGAUAAAUUGAAGACAAAAAGAAUUCCAACAAGCAAGGAGUCCACUGGAUAGGUGAAAAACGGUUGGGCGUUUUCAAAGGAAUUACAGAGUACUUUCACGGUUUCCGGAAUGUGACAAUAUGUUUUACACAAUAACAACAUUUCCCCAAACAGAAAAACAGUUGUUGCCACGAGAAGAGGAGAUCAGCGUCUGUUUAUCAUCAACACAAGCAUAAGUGUCCAUGGAAUCCAUGUUGUCAGAAUUAUCUGCCAACAAAGCCAUAGACUUAUUUUCAAGCACAAGCAAAUGUUGCUCUGCUUUGGCUUUUUACCUUUAUUCUCCUCCUUUUUUCAGCUAUGUUAAACACAGCAGAUGAACUCCAACCAACAACUGCAAAUGAUUUGGUUAGAAAAACAUUUCUGGGGUUAAUCACAGAUCUAAGUCCAUGUUAAGUUAAGCUAGAUUUGUUUUGAGUAUAUCGCAUCACAGAGGUGACUACAUCAAUGUGUGCAUUAUAAGGCAGAGGGAUUUCAGCUGGUUAUAUACACUGCAUCGUCACUUAUUUGAGAGUCAAAAAGCAACUUCAUUUUCAGAAACAAAGUGAAAGAACAGCAACCCCGCAUAAAGAAAAAAAAGUCGUAUGAAAUAAUCAGGCUUGGAAACAGUGAGCGCGCUCGCUGGCCCGCCCGGGUCACUGAACCGCUUCUUCUUCUUCUUUCCUUUUGUUGGCGGAUUGCAAACAACCUAUAGGUGCAUACCGCCACCUACUGUACAUGACUGUGUAGCUCUAUGGUUCAACCUACUAUAUUCUAUUUUUUAAUUUUGUGUUAUGUAAAAAAUAAAAACAAUGCUUUAUUAAUUACCAUAUUUUCCUCUUUAUCUCCAUCUCGCCCUAAUAUUCCUUUAAUACUCCAUUCUCUCCCAUUUUCCAUAAUCACUGAACCGCAUCGAGGGGAAAGAAAAAAAAGUCCAGAGAGCGCAGCGAGGGGAGAAAAAAAAACAUUGACGCGCGUUAAAAAUGGUCUACUCACAGCCCUUUUUAACUUUCGGUCAAAUACCGACUGCCAAAAAAAAAGAAAAGAAAAAGAAAUACACUAAACAGCCCAAGCAGCUAAGGUCUAAUAGUGUAAGUCCAGCUCUGAUUCCCUUAAGACGACAGAAUGUGCCGCAGAGCCGAAGCUCCGAGCCGACGCACUCUUUACGGACCUCAUUCUUUCCCCGGCGCAGCCCCUUGGACCUGUUAAGGAUUACUUUUAUCGUGUGGAGUUUCAGGCUAGGGGUUCACCUCAUAUACAUGCAGUGAUAUGGAUUAAGGAUGCACCCGAGAUGGAAGAUCCGUCAUGUUGCGAUCAGGUCAUAAAUUUCAUCGACCGCUACAUAUGCUGUCAAUUGCCCGAUGAAACCGCAGACCCCGAGCUCCAUAAAAUUGUUCAGGUUCAGAUGCACAGCAGAAACCAUUCCAAAUCAUGCAAGAAACAAAACGUUGAAUGCCGAUUUGGAUUCCCCAAACUACCCAUGGAAAGAACCACGAUCACUGUUCCUCAGUUCGAUGUGGAUUUGGAAGAUGACGAGAAAAACACAGAGCAAGUGUCAGAAACGAAAGAUCUGAAGAACUCCAAAAAAUCCACAUCCAGACUUAUCUCUAAACUACAAACUGAAGCUAAGAAGAAGCUGAAGCCAGUAAGGGAUUUACUGAUGGACGAAAAAACAUCUUUCAAGGAUUUGUCGGAGCUACUCCAGGCUUGUAACAUGACCAGCCAGGAAUACAGAUACUAUGUUGACGCUCUCACUUCUGGCAUGGUGGUAAUGAUGAAGCGUAGCCUUGAGGACAUUUGGGUCAACGCUUACAACCACAUUCUCCUCCGUGCAUGGAAUGCCAACAUGGACAUUCAGUAUGUGCUUGAUGAGUACAGCUGCAUUGAGUACAUGAUGUCCUACAUAGCCAAGCCAGAGCAUGAAAUGUCACAGUUUCUCAAGUCUGUCAUUGAGGAUCUGAAGAACUCAAAUGUCAACCAACGGGAUGAGAUGAAGAAGAUCAUGCAGGCUUAUUCAAAACAACGAGAGGUCAGUGCUCAGGAGUCUGUAGCCCGCACCUGCAGUCUACCUCUCAAGAAGUCGUCACGUAGUGUCAUUUUCAUUCAAACAGCAGAAGACGCUGUGAAAAUUAGUCUUCCAAUGAGCAGACUCAAGAACAUGGGCCCAGAUGAGAAGGAUAUCUGGAUGAAAGGAUUGCCAGACAAAUACAUCAACAGACCUCAAACUGUGGAAUUUGAAGACAUGUGUCUAGCUGUAUUUGUAUCUGAAUACAGGGUCCUGUACGGUAGGCAAAUUAAAGGACCCAAUGCAAUCCCUCUCUUAAACGAAGCUGGCUAUAUCCAGAAGAGAACAGUGGGGAAGCCAGCCGUCAUUAGAUUCACUCGUUUCUCUGAAAAGAAACAGCCAGAAAAGUUUUACAGGCGGCUCCUGAAGUUGUACUUGCCACACAGGAGCGACGAGGAUCUCAACAAUCAUGAACACCCUUCAUAUGAAUCAUUUUACAACAAUGGACAUCACCGUAGGUGGCGUGUGAAACAAUGGGUGGACUUUAAUCGCAACAGGUAUGAAGGACAUGGGAAAAAAAUUGACAAGAUCAUGGAAAAAAUGGAAAGACAAGGACCAGUCCGGAAUGCUUGGAACACUUUUGCGCCUGAGGUUGAAGUGGACCGUUUGGAAUGUGUUGCGCAGCGACCAGUGGUGGAAGAAGAUGAAGAGCAGGACCCUGUUCCAGAUUACCAAAUGAAUGUAUCCCUGCCAGCAGUUGAAGUACCAAGCCUAAGCCCUGACUUUGUGAGACAUAUGUUUCGCAGUUUAAAUCACACUCAAUCAUCCAUAUUCUAUGCAAUUCGCCAUUGGUGCCUGCAGCGUGUCUGGGGUCAGAACCCUGAACCAUUCUUUUAUUUCUUGACAGGAGGAGCAGGGUGUGGUAAAUCGCAUGUCAUCAAAUGUGUUUACCAGGAGGCAACUAAGCUUUUGCAUCAGCUUCCUAGACUUCGUGAUGUCGGUGACAUGUCUCAACCCACUGUGCUCCUGACCGCUUUCACUGGGACUGCGGCAUACAACAUUUCAGGCAAAACUUUGCAUUCCAUCUUGAAGCUCCCCAAAAGCUUGAAGCCACCGUACAAGGGACUUGGAAAUGCCCUGGAUGAGGUCAGAGCAGUUCUUUCGAAUGUGGAAAUCUUGAUUAUUGAUGAAAUCUCUAUGGUCUCUAAAGAACUAUUGGCAUAUGUUCACUGGAGAUUUCAGCAGAUCAAAGGAAACACAAGGCCAUUUGGUGGGAUUUGUGUUCUUGCGGUGGGAGACUUUUACCAACUGCCCCCCUUGGGAGCUUCAAAACCUCUUUGUGUCAUGGAGGAUGGUGUACUUGAUCUCUGGAAUGAGAAUUUCUGCCUGGUAAGUCUUACAGAGAUCAUGCGACAGAAGGAUGACAAACUCUUUGCUGAGCUGCUUAACCGGCUUCGUGUCAAAAGGAAAGCUGAUGAUCUCAGCAAAGAGGACAGAACUUUGCUGACGCAGUGUGUUGCAGAUCCCAAGGAUUGUCCGUUGGAUGUGUUGCACAUUUUUGCAACAAACAAACAGGUGGAUGCACACAACGCUGCAGUGGUUGCCUCGUUAGGUACAGCUAUUGUUGAUGUUUACGCAGAGGAAUACAGGAGAGAAACAAAAACAGGAAACAUGAUUAGUUUGGGCAGAUGCGUUAGGGGCAACAGUCGAGAUUUGUGCGACCACAUCCAAGCUGGAUUGGGUAUUAGAGUCAUGAUAACGAAGGAACCUGGAUGUAGAGGAUGGCCUGGUGAAUGGAACCUUUGGAACGAUAGCAGACAUUGUUACCCACACCAAUGACAAAACGAUAAAUGUGAAACUAAUCGGACUGAGACUGGACAAUUCCACGGCUGGACGUACCAAAAGAAUGCGUGGUAAACCAGACGACUUGGUUUACAUUGAGAGAUUCGAGGAGCAAAGCAGCGUGAGAGGAGUGGUGCGACGACAGUUUCCACUUAAAUUGGCCUUUGGGUGUACAGCACACAAAGUACAAGGGAUGACCAUGCAAUCUGCAGUUGUUUCUUUAAAACGUAUGUUUGCACCUGGCAUAGCGUAUGUGGGAUUAAGUCGUACAACUUCUUUGGGAGGGCUUAAAAUCAUCGAUUUUGAUGAGAAAAAGAUCUACGCUGAUGAAAGAAUCACAGCGACCAUGGAUACGAUGAGGCGAGCAUCGUUCACCAACACCAGCCCCCUCCUGCAUUUCCCAUCAAGUCCUCAGCACACUACAUUGAAAAUCAUCCACCACAACGUCGAAGGUCUUGUAUGUCACUAUGACGACAUGAAGCACCAUCAUGAACUGGGAUUGGCCGAUAUUCUCUGACUUACAGAAAGUCAUUUGUUUGGAUCUUCUUUUCCAGCUUCUUUGAAUAUGGAGGGUUAUUGUUUGUUUGCGCGCAACAGACACAGCUCCUACUCUAGCAGAGCCGACAUUGCUUCCAAGGAAGGGGGAGGAGUAGCAACUUACUGCAGGAGCAUUCUUCAACCUGAGGAACGCAGAUACUUUCACAAUGUUACAGAUCUUGAGUACAAUGUCAUUAGAUUGAACGCUCCGAUAUCACUCCUUGUUGCCACGGUUUACAGGCCACCCAGUUAUGAUCUUGCCAGCUUCUUGAAAAACAUUCAGAGCUUCUUGGAUGGUCUUGAUUGUAUUGAUAUUCAGCCGGUUGUUGUAUUGGGAGACUUCAAUGAAGAUCUUCUCUCUCCAGGAAAAACAGCAAUCAAGGACUUGUUUGAAAGCAAAGGAUUCACUCAGCUUAUCUCAUCUCCAACAACAAAAAAAGCACACCCUGAUUGAUCACAUUUACAUAUCUCGCCCAGAAUAUUGUGUCCAGUCAGGUGUAUUGCAGACAUAUUACAGUUACCACAACCCGGUAUACUGUAUUUUGUCUUCUUUGUCUGCUGCUGCCUCUCCUUCACUUUGACAUGUAAAAUGCAAUUGGACAGGAUAGUGUUGCUUUGUUCUUGAUUUAAUAGUUGCAAUCACAUAGCACAGCUGACUGUUACAACCCUCUUAAUAUUUUCUAAGUCUAACCAUGAGCCUACACUUUUUGCAGAAGAAUGACUCCUUUGAAUAUGUUUUAUGGCACAAUUUGUUUCCCUUUCUUAGCAGUGCUCCCAUUAGACUUUCCUUUGGUGGUGGUGGUUGUUAUUAUUGAUCAUGAGCCACUGCUUAUACAGAGCUAUGCAGACCACCAUGUUCCAGAAUGGCCAUUUUUGGCUACAUUUUAAAUCUGGGAAUGUGUAAUUAUUUUAUUUUUUGUUGCCACCCCGAUGCAUGCUUCAUCCUAUUCCCCUGCGUCUGCUUUCCACGCUAUGCAUGCUUCAACCUCUUGUUGCUGUCUCUGCUACCGCCCUGUGCCUGCUUGGAAAUGAUGUUGCACUUCAAGUUUACAGCUUUGUAUGUCAGGUUUUGGGUGAAAUUAACUCCUUUCCCCCCAAGUUUUUCUCUGUUUUGCAAGUUAUGCAAGGUGACACACAUAAGAUUGUGCUUGAAGAACAUCAAGAUUAACCUGGUAGACCUGGAAGGCAACCCACCAUUUGCAGCAAGGUGAUAUUGGGUACUGAGGUGUGUCAAGAGGUCUGUCUCAAUAUUCAGAGCUUUUGUGAAGAAUUUGCGCUGGACUAAGUAUUACCGUGGACUGAAGGAAUGACCAGAUAGCCCUGUGACUGGCCAUAGUGUUCAGUUGGGCUUGUCAACCCACGCUGUAUACAAGAAGCAGUUUAGAAGGAAGACGCCACAGAACUAUAUAUAUAUAUAUUUUUUUUUUUCACUUUAUAACAAAGGAGCAGUUGCCCAAGAACUUUGAGCUAACCACUGAUGCACAAACACAUUGAUGUCUGCCACAUGCUCAAAAUGUCCUGAUAGCUUUUUGCCGUAUUGACAUACGAACAGUUUUUAUUUCACGAAUGUUUUUGAUUUUUCUCUUUUCCACUGACUUCCAUCAUCAUGUUGGCUUUUAUGUAUUAUACCUUGUUGCAUUACGUUGAUUGUUAAGGUUUUAUAAUUAAGAAUGGAAACUCUGUGCUACAGACACACACUAAGAUCUACAGUUCUUGCAAUCUUUUUGCUUUGUUAUGUAGACAACCAGGAUCUGAUGGGUAUCACAGAUCCAUAAAUUACUCAGGAUAAUUUUUUGAUUGAAUACGGGGUGUCUUCCCGCUCAGAUUGGGCCAGAGCGGGAUUCUCUUUGACUUGGCUGCAUCAGUUUUUUACCAUUUCUUAGACGAGGUGGCGUUUUUCUUGUGGAGGCUCAGCCCACCCUGUGAUGCCCCCUACUGAUACUCUUGGAUUUGUAAGGUUUAAGAGUGAUGCAUGUCUGUCCAUGGGGAUGGACACUGGAGGAUCAGGUAGGAGGUUUCUUGGGGUGGAGGUACAGUAGACGAAUUUGACCUUGGUUACUGAACAGUCUUAGCUUACCUAGUUUAAUGUAAAUUUAAAAUAAUGUGUGCAUAGCA